UUUCUUUUUGCGGCAAUCAUUCGUCUCGUUCGUCGAACUUGUGCCGUUUGCCGUUUUCGUUUUUUGCUUUCGCAGUCGUCGUCAUUAUUAGUUCUAAAACUGUGAAAAAUUCCAAGUGACUGAUGUAAAAGUGAAAAAUAUGGCGAGUCUUGUGGGCGAACAGCAAAUUUCAUCAAAUAAUCAAGAAGCUGAACCAGUUCAGAAAGUCGAUAGCCGAGAAGGCAGUGUCGAACGCAAAGUGUGUAAAGACCGUGACGAGAAGCUAAAGUUGGCACGGGAGCGUCAAAAUGAAGAAAGACAAAGGAAAAUCGAAGAGCUAAAAGCGCAAGCGGAAGCGGCGCAACGAUAUCGCGAACAAAAAGAAGAGGAACGUCGCCGCCGCAUAGAUGAGAUACGACAACGCGACACGGAGAAGCGACACCAAGUCGAAGAACGUAAACGCGCCAUAACCGAGGCGGAAAAGGAGCGCCGCGAAUAUAUAUUGCGGAAGAAUCAGGAACGCGAAUCCCGCUUGGAAACAAAGAAAGGUCCCCGCAGUACAGUGGCCUUUGCUUUUGGCUCAUCCACACCACGCCUACUGGAGCCCGAUUUUGGACUGGUAUCGCCAAGCACUUAUCUGGGUCAUCGACGAUCGACGUCGAUCUCGAAUGUUACUGGUGCUUCAUUAUCACGUCGUAGUUCUGAACGUGAACUGAACGACAGUGGUGCCAAGAAGCGAGCAACAUCAGCCGGUGGCACGGAUCGGCAUGAAGAUCAUCGUCGUAAGUCAUCAUCCAUGUAUGAAGUUUUCAAUUGGGGAUACUCGAACGAUGAGCCACCCAAACGUUUUUCGCUAUCCAUUGUGGGCAGUGAAAUCAAUAUUGAUGAUCCCCCAGCUGCCACAGGCACAGCUACAGCAACUGCAGGCAACAAUUUACGCACUCACACUGCCCAUCAACAGCCACAGCAUCAUCAGCACAGCAGCAACAACAACAACCAUAGUAAUACAAAUACAAGUGGGCAUAGACAAAAUGUUGCAAUAGACUCUACACGAACAGCAACAACAAGCAGUCAAUCGGCUACCGCAGCAGCAGCGACAUUUAAUUACUCUAACGAUAGCGUCGAUAGUCAUGCAACACAAAUCGUGUUUAGAAGUGUAGCCCGCAGAAAAACCGAUUUGAUGCCGACAAUACCCAGCCCCAGGGACGGGCAUUACGGUUCCAGAUCGUCACUGAGCCACACGCCACGCACCCCAGGACGUGCCUUCUCCAUGAGUCGUCUGGACCAAUUGGCUCAACCGAUUCGUCGCAAUGGCGAGCACAUACGCGCCAUACUCGAACGUGAGCGUCGCGAACAGAUGGAACUCUUGGACGAAACCGAGUCGCUGGGCGGUGGACGAAGGCGCGGCAGCAAACCACGACACGGCAGCGGUAGCAGUAGUGCCGGCGCCGGUGGUGGCAGCGGCCCUAUGUCGCGCAGCAUGACACAUUUGGCCAGCGGACGCGCCAAAUACACGCUCAGCAGCAGCACAGGCGGCAGCGGCGGCGGCGUUGGCGUCAUGUCGAACAGUUUUCGUCCACUGAGCGGUGGCCAACGUGAUACCACUUGUAAGAGUUUAACACAGUUGAACAAUUCGUGGUCGAGCGCUACACCGCGCUCGAAUUUGGGCUUACAAACGGCUGCUACUAGAAAGUAUCUGCAAUCAUCAUUAGCUUCAUCACCAUCAGCGAUUGGGACUAAACGCAGCGAGCAGCUACUAAAUCAUCUUACUAACCCCUACCGUUUCGAUCCAAACUCAUUAUUGAUCAUGAAUUCUAGUUUCUCAAUAACAACAGGUUCACGUUCUGGAAAUGUCACCCCAGGCGGCAACAUCAGCACUUCAAGACCGGGUAGUGCAAUGUCCACAUCCACAAAUUUAUCCACAUCUGGUUACGUGGCUAGAAGAUCCGUACCGGCUACACGUAAGCAACGGCCAGCCAGUAUUGCCGGUACUGGCAUGUCGCUGGAGGACCUAAAUAAACACAAAAAAGAUAAUAGGCCGCCAGUGAAGGCUUCAACGCCUUCAUCUACGACAACAUCAGCACAAAAUACCCCCAAACGAACAUCAAAUUUGAUGUCAACCUCAAUGAUUGUGUCAUCGUCUUCACGUUUGUCCAGCGCUGAGAAGAAAACCCCAGCUAAACGGGAGUCAGCGACACCCAAAUCAUCCUCCACACCCAAAUCGCUUUCGAAGACGUCCAGUUCGGAUCGCUUGAAUAGAGCUAGCAAGGAUUUAAUGAGCAAAUCGUUAAUCUCACCUUCUCCGAGUCAGACACUUUCACGAAGUGAAAAAGACAAGUCGUCAACAAUUGAACGCAAGAAAGAGGACGUUCCUGCUCCUCCGGUGCAAAGCAAAGAAGAAAAGAACUCUUUGAAUAUUGCGAAAUCCGAGGCUGAGUCUACGGCCGAAGCACUUGCUGCACCGAUUGAGCUAGCUCCAGCCGCAGCUGAAACAGUGAACUCAGAUCAUGUAGCAACUACAGCUGAAAGUGUAGAAGCUGUGGCGCCAGAGACAACUGUUAAUGAAACAGCAACGCAGCAGUUGGUCGAUGCUGAGCCUGUAGAGUUGAAUCAAGCCGGCACCGCUGUCUUGCCGCCAGUACAGCAACAGCAAACAGCAGUAGCACAGCCACAGCCCCAACCACAACCACGCUCGCAAAACGGCAGCAAAGAGAACUCGGAAGUGCGUGAGCUUACGCCCCCAACACAAAAUGGUGAGAAUAAUGAUUUGAUGACCGCCUCAAUGAUCGCCAGAAGCAAGAUCACAACCGAAGAGGAGGCGAAGGCCGCAUUGGCUGAACGUCGUCGUUUGGCACGUGAGGAGGCUGAGCGACAGGCCGAAUUGGAGCGUCAACGCCUCGAGGCCGAACGUCUUGCCGAACUGAAACGUCAAGAGGAGGAGGCCGAACGUCAACGCGCUUUCGAAGAGGAAGCCAAUCGUUUAGCUCAGGAACAACGUCGUGCCGAGGAAGAGCGUUUGCGCCAAGCUAUUGAAGAGGCAAAGCAAAAAGAAGAAGAAGAGCGUCGCAAACGUGAAGAUGAAGAGAAGCAACGCGUACAACGCGAGGAGGCCGAAAAGAAGGCCAAGGAGGAAGCGGAGAAACAACGCAUUGAGGUUGCCGAACGUCUUAAACGAGAGGAAAAGGAGCGCGAAGAACGACGCAAACGCGUUGAGGCGAUCAUGUCGCGCACACGUAAAGGUGCCAGUGGUGGAGGUAGCGCGACAACACCCAACUCCACGCCAGUAAAGGAAAGCACAACGCCCAAAUCGGCAGCUGACAAUUUGCAACAGCAAACUCAACAGGAACAAUCCUUUACAACUACAACAACUGCAGUGACUAAUGCUGUCAGCAGCACUGAUAGCAGCUCAACAUCGGGCUCCACAACGACUGCGACCACACCAAAUCCGCCACAAAACAUUGCCGCCGUUCCCACAGCUGUGGUGAGCGUGGUGCCCACAAAUGAGAAGGUGGAGCCGCAAAAUACGCAGGCUAUGUACGAGCAAGCUGUAAUUGACAAGGAAGCUGCGCUUAUAAACAGUUUCUCCAAUAUGCUGAUAGAUGAGAAUGCGAAAAAUCUCCAUCAACAUCAACAACAACAGCAACAGCAACAUUUCCAGCAACCAACACAAAUUCUCGAGGUGAGCAAUGGAAAAUUGCCAAUUAACAGUGAUGUGCUAUUGCAAAAUACCACAACAACAGCAACAACAAUAAAUACGACUGCCGUUGCAAACGGCAACGGCCAUCACAUCGAAAAUUUGAACAACAAAAAUGAUAUCAAUAACCUGCAGGAUGCCGUAACACCAGCAAAUCAGUUAAUUGAUUUAAGCAUUGAGUCACAAGAUAUCAACAAUGCAGUUAACUUCAACAACAACAACAGUUUGUUAAACACAACAACAACCGCAACACUAGUCACUGCAGAUAGUCACGAUAAUAAAGAUAUUUCACUGCUGUGAGUCUGAGCGUGCUAAGAGCCUGCAAUUAUUGGACGCGCAAACUAAAAAAACUGCAACAAAGAUAUAAUGCUGUAUAACUAUGAGAAUUAGAAGACGAAUCUAUUGAUUGUGGCGCGUAGGCGUUAAUUGAAGUUCUGUGUGUAUGUGCGACAAUUUAUGGUUACUUGACAUUUAAGGCGUAAUUAAUACGAGUUUAACUAAUUUAAAAUUAUAUAUAUAUAAUAUAGAAGAUGCAAAACAAUGCUAAAGCCAAGUGCAUAUUAAGAAGAUAUUAGCAAAACAAACACUGCUUCAGCUCAUUUGAUAUAUUAAAAAAAAAACUUGAAAAGAGAAAAUGAGAAGCAAAGUGAAAAAAAUAUAACCUUUAACUAGGCUAUAAAACAUAAAUCACAAUAAAUUAUGAAGCGAAAGGGAAAAGCAUAUAACCUACGGCAAUUGUUCCUCCCGAAACAAAAAGCAAGCAAAAACUAAGCAUAGUUAGACAGUGAAAAGAACGUGAAGAAUAUGAAUAACUAAAUGCUUGAAAAUACAUAUUGUGUAUGCUAAAUCCAAAAAAAUAUAUAUAUAUGUUUAAAAAAACAGUAAAACAAGCAAGCAAAUAAGAGACGAUUUUCAAAAGCAUAGUACCGAAAAGUGAAGUCUUUAAAAAAGAGCAAGGCAUUAAAAUUAUUAAAUGCCAAUUUAUGCGAACUGUUAAGCAAAAAAUCAAAAACACAAAUAAUGCUAUGAAAACUCAAAAAAAUUCAUAAAAAAAUGCAAAUUUUCAUAUUCAUGCAAACUCAAGCAAAGAUAUAAGAUUUAUGCAGUCCAUUAGCUUACAUGCAUAUUCAACCAUACAAUGGCGGAAAUAUUUAGCAAAAGAGAAAAGCAACUAUUUCAGGUAACUAAGGGAACACGCACACCAUGCGAAAAGGUGUAUAAAUGAAAUGAUACCCAAUAUAUUUGCAAAUAUAUUAUACCAAAUUGAAAGCGAUGCUGGACGCACUUGCACUCGCUGUGCGCUGCACAAAAGUCAAGCGUAGCAUAGCGCAACAUGUGCUUUAUAAUCUGUCUGUUGUUCAUGAAUUCACUUUCUGCUUAAAGCAAAAAGCCAGUCAAUAAUCGCAUAUUUAUUUUGGGCUUUAAAGCAUAUUUUGAAUGUAUGUAUUUCCGUCUAAUAUUUGUACUUGUUAUAUUUAUUUCAUACAUACUGUGUUACGGUAUUGUAUGCCCUACAAUUGUGUUUGCCUGUGUCACGACAAUAUUUCUAAUUUGUUAUAUGCUGAGAGUUGUGCUAAUACUUAUGCGUAAUUUUACACGCGAUUGAUAUUGUUUUAAGCCAAGCGCUAAAUAUAUGCAACUACAUAUAUCACUUUCUUUAAAUAUAUAGAAAAGUUGAGAAAUUAUUGAUUACUAAGGCCAGCACUUUUGAUGAGUUUCGCGAGUAAUUCAUUUUGUCUAUAACUAGGCUAAAUUUAACUUUUGUCUAGCAAAUGCUUUUCAUCUUCACACGCCCAAUGCAUAUAUUGGGUUUUAGCUGCUUUCUUCUUUCUAUUCGCUCAUUAUUUUUAAACUAAUUCAUGUUUUCAAAAAGGCUAAGCGCAUUCAUGAUGCGUACAUUAAAAUUACGGUAUUAAGUCUAACUGAUGAAAAAAUCAAUUGGGUAAACAAACCUUCCUCCUAUUAUACGCGCAUAUUAUGUACGUUAUAAAAAAAUAGUAGUUUUAUUAGUGUUAGAAUCUGCUAAAUUGCCUUGUACCUUAGGCACCAGAUACGCAAGCAGGCAACACUUGGCAGUUAUACUAUGGAGCCAGUUUGGGCAGCCAGUUAAUCAUGCAAAGGAUUUGUGGCUAAACAAUCUAAUCUAAACUAACUAACUGAAAAGUGAAGUGGUGGACGGACGCGCUUUAAAAUGUUAUAAAUCAAAAGAGAGAGCGAAGCAAAAUAAUGUAUAUCAGCAAUUUAGUGUGCGAGUUAGAUUAUAUAUAUAUAUAUAUUUAUGUGUAGUUAAUGUAUUUUCUGAUUUUUGAUGCAUAUAUAUAUUUUUUUAAUUUUUAUGUUAUCUAAAUUUACAUUUACAUAUACAUAUAUAUUUGCAAAGUUUAUACUUAAAAAUUAGAAGAAAAAAAAUCAAACAAACAAAAUGUUUUAAUUUGUUAAUAUAACUUAUUUAUAUAUACACAUUGUAAUAGCUGAUACAACAUUAAAAUAUAAUUUUUUCAUAUAAUAACUUCGAGCUUAUAGAGCUUACUUAAAACAAAAAACGAAUGGACUGAAAUUAUGGCGGUCGUUUCACGAUUGAUGAUAAAAAAAACCGUUGACUCUUGUGAUCAUUUCACAAGUUCACGCUUAAAAGUCAACCACACAUUGAGUAUUCGAGCUUUUGAGAAUAUACAUAUUUAUACAUUUUUGUCGUUAUUUGGAGUUACUGGUGAUCCCAAAUAUCACAACAUUUCACCAAAUAAAUCAACGUGGUCGGCGUUUUCAAAAACCGGCACAGAACCAGCGAUUUGUGGAAUCGAUGGUGCAUCGCUGAGCGUUUGCAUAUUUACACUUGACAAGUGAGAAGCCUAGAAUUGAAUAGUUAGUCAAACGCCAGGUAUGACGCAAAUGCAUGUACAUGCAUGCAAAUGCAUUUACUGAAUUUUAUGUUUACCGCUAAAUAUAUUUUUAAGUCUGUAAUCGGAAAUUGUAACGGUGAACGAAAUUAUGCAAAAUAAUUUAAAUUAUUUUAAUAAUAAAUAUAAAGACAGCGCCAAAACAAAACGGGUUUUGAAGAAAAACCCGAAAAACUAAAUUUUAAAAACAUGAAGUAGAAAUUUUAAAAAUAUUUCGUUGUAAAAAUUGUUAAUAUAUGCCUCGGUAUUGCCUUAAUUUGUUUUCAACUUUUCGAAGCGCUCAUAGAGACUUCAAAUGUGGCAGCUUAUUUGUUUUUUGGCGCUGUACUUUCAACUUGAAACCUAAUUAACCGAAAUUGUAUUGAAAUUAAUUGCAAAUCAUCUGCUUUACCGCUGUUUUAACAACUACUAAAACUUACGAAUACAAUAUGCACGAAAAUCCACUGUGUAACUAAUAGACGAAAGCUUAUUUAAAAUAUUUGAAACAGUAAGACAUGCGUGUGUAAGCGCUUAAUGUGUUGGUGCACUAGCACACUUUAUACGCCUACAUCUUGUCCGUUUGCAUCUUAUGUAUAGUUUAAAGUGAUUACUAAAAUAUGCCACAUACAUAUAUUUUAUAACUGAAAAUACACACUUACACCAGCAUUGCUUAAGUUUCAGCUUCAUAACUAAAUCAAUCGAUUAACAUUGAGCUAACAAACAAAAAAUAAUUAAAGCUAUCAUGCAUAAACAUACAUAAAUAAAUGCGUAGAAUAUACAUGAAUGUAUCUAAAAACUUAUUUUAACUGUAAUUCCCAAUUUAAAAAGUCUAUCUAUCGUUAUCGUUAAAUUAAAAUAAUUAUUAAUAAUAUUAAAAUUUAUUAAAUUAUAAAUCGAUGUAACUAACUUACGAAAACAAGUAAUCAUGCAAACAGACAAAGCGAUGCCGAAAAUAUAUAACAUUAUGAAAUUGAUUUGAAUCAACACAGCAAGGAAGAUUCAAUAAAUACAAGGAGAUGAAAAUAAAUGUGAACAAUGUUUUAUUUCAAUGGAGGGAUACAGAUUUAGAUCAAGGACUGUCAACUCGGCAGUUUACAAUAAAACUGACGUCGCAACAAAAGCAGCUAUAAUUACAUAGACCUACAACAACAAAUAUUAUUUGUUAGAAAAUUAUAAUUUAAUUAAACAAAAAUUAAAUUUAAAUUAAAAAUAAAGCGCCGAGUUUUUAAAACAUAUAUUUCAAUUUUAUUUCAUUAUAAUUUCAUUUUUGGAAAUAUAUUUACAGAAUAAGAUAGUAAAACUUUCAAUAUUGCCGUUAAAAGUAUAUUGAAAGUAGUAUUCCGUUACUAAUUUUCGCGUGGUGAACAAAUGUAACCCGGACGUUACACGGGAAAGAAAUUGCUUUCAAGUUGCCAUACACUCACACUUUUUUACUAUACACUCUCACUUUCCGAACUUGAAAGCCAUCUUGCUUUCAAUUUUGGCGAGCAAGAAGUGUUUCAGUUGAAAUAAGUGAAUUAUUCCCUUUUACGAAAUUGUACACAAACAAUCCAUUUAAUGGAACAUGAAUCUUCCGACGUAUCUACAGAUUGAUUUAAAAAUAAAGACUUAUUAAUCCAUUUUGGCGAUAAAUGAAAGCAGUUUCCUGUAACAAUAAUUGAAUAUCAAGUUGCCUGCAGCCUACGUCAUGGCUUUCAAUUGAUGCCAAUUUUGACAAUUAUUUCGUGUGAUCAACUUGAAAGCAAGUUCUUUCCCGUGUAACGGCAGCGUAAGUUCCAGUAUUAGACUACGAACUAAAUUUCAUAUUCAAUACAGACGAAUAAUCUUCAUAUUACAUACAUAUAUGUAUAUAAAAAUGAAUAAUUACAAACUUCUAUUCGAAAUGAUUUUCAUAUACCAAUUGCAGCUGAUGCAUAUAUCAAUAUUUUUUUAUCUACGUACAAUAAUAUUAUUAUAAUACAUAUUAAAUUAACUUCGUAAAAAUUCUUGACGCUAAUGAUGAUUAAAAUGUAACUGAUCUUGAACAUUUUUCUUAUUAAGUAUUUCUAAUUCCAAUAACCUGAGCCGGUGCAUCUCUUUUCGAUGUUGCUCUUUCUUCUUUAACUCUUCCUUCUGCAGCCGGAAUUUUUCAACUUUCAAACGAUACUUCCUUCUAUUAAUACGUUCCGAAUCUUUUAAAUGCGUAUUGAUUUGAUCUAACUUUUCUUUAAUUUCUUUGUACAAUUUUGCUUGAAUUUGUAGUUGUUUUGUUAGUAUCGUUUCUAUUUGGCUUGUGGCGAACUGUGCCGUUGAGGAAGUUUGAAAUGUACCUUGUUUUGUUUCAAUGUUUACUAUAGGAUAUUCAUACUCCUCAAGACACAUUUGGUCGUUCGGUUUUUUCAUCGGUUCGCCAUCUUCUGGAAAAACCAAAGUAUUAUCGGAUGAGUGUUCACUUGUGACACUUUGUAAAUCAAUAGAAGAAUCUUCCUUUUCAUGAUUUUCCCUUCGUUUCUUUUUCUUUAAAUUAGCUCUUGUUGAAUGGUGGGUUUCCUCGUGUUCUUUUUUAAUUUCAUCGAUUUCAUCAUCUUCUAAACAAACCAAUCCUUUAUUCAGAUGCAAUAGAAAUUCUUCUGUGUGUCUCUUCUUCAGAUGGGCGAUAAGGCCAGAAGUGCAACCACCUUUGCGUGAGAAAAUCUUUUUGCAUACACGGCAACGAGCCUUUUCAUUGCUAUCUGCAUCGAAAAAACUCCAAACAAAGCUGGAUUUUCUACUUGAGGGUGUUUUGGACAUUUAAAUGUAAUUUAAUAAUUGAUUGAAGAAAUAAACAAUAUUUGAAAGUUUAAUAAUUGUAAAAACAAGACAACAAACAAAUUUUGACGUUGGUAGAGCGUUGCCGGUAGUGCAGAAAAAAUUGUAAUCCAUUUUCUAUUACAAAGUUUGAAAAGUAUAAAAUAUAGAAAUCAUAAGAAUAAGUGGUAACUAUGGUUACAAUUUACCACAAGGAAAGAGAUGUGUAACAAAUUAAACAUUUUAAUAUUAGAAAUUAUUUAUACAUUUGAAUAAAAACACACAAUAAAUUAAUUCAGUGUGCAACAGCGUACUUAUAUAAAUGUGAAACCUUUUUGGACGUUGGGUGAAUUGGGUUGUUGAUUGAUUCUGCUCCAACUGCAGUCACAGUAAAUUUUUAAAAUUCGUUGCGUGUGGAUGCGAUUAUUCGCUCUCUGUGAUACCAUAAAUUAACCGAAAAUCCCGUUCAACACCUACUCAUCUACGCCAAUUUGUUGUAUAUAUUGUGACCAGUAAUCAAAGAUUGUCACAAGAAUUCCAGCCGCUAAUUAAUAAC